GUAGCUUCUGAGUUAGUGCCUGGCAUUAACGUUGUUCUGCGUUCGGGUAUUCGGGAGGGAAAGAUGUCGGGUCGUGGAAAGGGAGGGAAGGGACUGGGCAAAGGAGGAGCCAAGAGGCACAGGAAAGUGCUGCGUGACAACAUUCAGGGUAUCACGAAGCCUGCGAUUCGGCGUCUGGCCAGACGAGGUGGAGUCAAGAGGAUCAGCGGCCUCAUCUACGAGGAGACUCGUGGUGUCUUGAAGAUUUUCCUCGAGAAUGUCAUUCGUGAUGCUGUUACCUACACGGAGCACGCUCGCAGGAAGACGGUCACGGCCAUGGAUGUCGUCUACGCGCUUAAGAGGCAGGGAAGGACUCUCUAUGGUUUUGGUGGUUGAUUUCCCCUGUGCUUAGGGUUUUCUUGUGUAUUAUUGGCUGGUAUUGUAAAUGAUGUCCGAAUUGGGUGUUGUUCUCUGUUCUCUGUCCCUGGAUUUGUUGUCACUCUUCAACAAGAUUUGUCUGGAAUUUACUUUUAAUUCAAUAGCAGUUGUUAAGAGAUUAAGAAAUUUAGAUUCCUCAUUCGUUAUCUCGUUCUGGAAUUCGAGUAUUAAAUUCCUUGACUAGCAUUUCGCAGGACGCUUUGCAAUUUUUAAAUUGUUCCUUUUGUUGAUUGA